AAGCCUCGUUUGUUUACAUCACGAGAGAGGAUUUGUUACGCACGUAGGGGCGUAAAGCACUUCGCUGUCGUUAAAAAGGCACUGAUACUGUUUCCUGAAACACUAAACGGUGCAGCCGCUGGGCAGGUAGCGGGGUAAGGCCACUUUAAAAGGUGUCGAUACUGAUGGAGCAUGCUGAGGGCGACGAGAUGGGUGAAUCAGAGCCUGUGCUCUAUACACAGCCGCCGUGUCGCUUCUUCUCUCAAGGAAGACACUGCAAUUUUGGGAAGAAAUGCAGAUUCCUACACGUAAGAGAUGAUGCCAAAGCUCAUGAGAAGAAAACCACCGGGACACACAGUCAGUCAUACGUCCCAUCUCCAAACUCUGAGGUCCCUGGAGAGGACAUGGGGCACAGGCCUCCUCCUAGUACCUCUAGGGUUGCCCCAGCAGCUAGCCGCCGCCCCUGUCGCUACUUUCUCUCAGGCCACUGCACCAUGGAAGACAGAUGUCGCUUCUGGCAUCCACCACAGUUCCCCCCGGUGGAUCAACAGCCUGUUCCCGUCAAUAACCCAAGACCUGCACAGAGGAUGCCGCCAGUCCCCCGUCCCGGCAACCUCCAGGAGGUCAAGCUGUGUGACCUGACGGAGGAUGUCGCCGAGCAGCUACGAGACACGGAGAUCGAGCAGUUGAAGAAGCGCUUUCCCAAAGAUCAGCUGAUUAUUCAGGAACGUAGUGAUGGCAAAGUUACUUAUUACAGGCUGACUGUGGAGGCCACUGAUCCAGACUGGCCUUUCGAUCUGAAAGAAGUCGACAUCAUGGUGAGCUUCCCAGACAGUUACCCCAACGAGAUUUUGACAUUGGACAUACCGUUGGACCAGGAGCUUCCACCAGUAAUGGCCAGACAUGUACAGCAAGCGUCACUGGAGUGGCUUCAAGCCAAGCAUGCGACCAAUCAGCUUCUGGGAAAGGUAGAGCUGCUCUUCCGGCCUUUUCUUCGCUGGCUAGAUCGUAGCAUGGAGAGACUGUUCACGGAAGGAGCCCGGCAGUUGAAAAAAGACGUUGAUUUAGAAAAGGCUGGAUUGCAGUUCAUACCGUACCAGGAGCUCCAGGCAACGAUGUGUGAAAAAUCUGGGAACGAUCAUUCUUCUGACACCGCUGCUGAUGCAGAUGAGAAUGUCAGUGAUGAUGGAAAACUGGACGAGACAGAGGGCACGAGGACAAUGGAGGGAGGGACGUUGGUGCAGCAGGAGGGUCCAGGUUGUGAUGAAGGGCAGGAAGAGGAGGAGGAGGAAGCCAGUCAUCUGGUGGAGAACAUUAGGAUCAGCGAUCCCCGCAGAGGCACAGAGAUGAAGCUGCUGGGCCUGAGGAUGGGAGAGAACACAGCCACAGUAGUGGCCCAACAAAUCACUGUCUGUCUUCAAUGUAGCCGGUGUAAGGUAACUGCAGACCUGUCCCUGACUGGGAGGACACCCUGCACAGCUCAGUGUGAAAAGUGCAGCGCAAGCAUCACUGCUGCGUUCAGGCCCUGCAUGCUGCACCAUUACAGCGACGUCCUGGGAUACCUGGACCUUCACAACGCUGCGCCUGCUGACCUCGUGCUUCAGGACUGUGAACUCAUUGUGGGCUGCCUUAGCUGCUCCCAGGAAGGCCCUGUGCCGAACCUUUCCUAUGGUCAAACACAGGAGUUUAAUUGUGAACACUGCCACAGCAAGCUCAGUAUUCUGGCCGAGAGCACAAGAUUCCAGUACAUUCAGCCACGCGCCAACAAAACAGGUCCAAGUGCUUGUGCUGUUAAUCACAAGACGAUAAGAGAUCCUGCUGUGCAAAAAGGGAAGCCGCUGCCGGACAAAGGAGGAUGCAAACAUUACAAACAGAGCCAUCGUUGGCUGAGGUUUCCCUGCUGUGGACGUGCUUACCCCUGUGAUGUGUGCCAUGAUCAGGACCAGGACCACCCCAUGGAACUGGCCAACAGGAUGAUCUGUGGCUACUGUGCCAAAGAACAGCCGUAUUGCAAUGGAAAGCCCUGCGCCAGCUGUGGAAGCAUGAUGACUAGAGGUGCACGCACCAGCCACUGGGAAGGAGGACUGGGAUGCAGAAACAAAACCAAAAUGAGCAGAAAUGAUCGACAUAAAUAUGCAAACACCAACAAAACGGUUUCAAGGAAGGCCGUCGCUGAAAAGAAGUAGCUGACGAAGAAGAGCAUUAUUGCCUUAAUUUGUGAUUCAUUUCAAUGAAAUUGUUGCAUAUUUGACCCAAUAAGUCCUGUUGUUAUGAUCAUUGUGUGUGAUUGUGAGAAAAGAUAAGCUGGUCAAUUCAAGUAGGCCAGCGGUCCAAUCUAUCUGUCCGAGUUAAUUGUUUUAUUUUAGGAGAAUGGAAAGUGCAAGAAAAGAGGUAGAUACUGCUUUAGAUGACACAUGGACUAAAAUACAGCAUGUAGAGUUGUGUCUGACCAUUUUAUGAUGCAUCAGCUGCUCAAGGUAUAGAGGAGUUGCAUAAAACACUGAGAUAAAUGUCCUUGGCUGUAUCGACACACCAUGGCAUGAACAAUUUAAUCAACUCUGAAAUAAGCAGCUUUUUUGAUGUUGGGACAUUUCUAAAAAAACAAAUUUAGGGUCUAUUCUGCAAUAUUUUUUAGAUUAGAAAACAAAACUAUUUAGGACGUAUUUCACUUUGAUUGUCUUUGUCCUCCUUCCAUGCAUUAAAAUACUUAACCUUGUAGCUGCAGUACAAGGUUAUCGGUUUGUUGUGUCUAAUACAUAUUCUUGAAUGGUUCUGUUAAUCUUGUGAUGGUCUGCUUGUUGUUGCUGGUCUGUUCUGCCCCUUCUGUUGAAAUCCACUAUAUAAAGGCAGAACUUUGUCUUGAUCCUGAGACUUGCAGCAGCCUUCAGUGGUACCACAGCAAGAUGUUGAACGUCAGUGAGCUUCCUCUGCAGCGCCUGCCCUCCGGGUCCUCGGGCCGUCUACUGCAGCCAUUCUGGGAUCAUUU